GCCAUAUUCUCUUUAGCCAAAACCAACAAAUGGGUUCAAUAGGCACACCUCCGGUUGCCGAAAACGGCGACAACAAGCCUCACUCCGGCGACGGAUAUCCUCCCUCGGCGGCCGAGAUGACGCCGGAGUCGGAAGCGUCGAAGAAGCGGAGGAUGUCCAUGCUUCCUUUGGAGGUCGGCACCAGCGUCUUGUGCCGUUGGAGAGACUCCAAGUACCAUUCCGUCAAGGUUAUCGAACGCCGGAGGGUUCACGGCGGCGGGCCCAACGAUUACGAGUAUUACGUUCACUACACCGAGUUCAAUAGGAGGCUAGAUGAGUGGGUGAAACUUGAUCAGCUUGAUCUUGAUUCAGUAGAGGCUGUUGUUGAUGAGAAAGUGGAGGACAAGGUUACAAGCUUGAAAAUGACUCGUCAUCAGAAGCGAAAGAUUGAUGAGACCCACGUGGAGGGGCAUGAGGAACUUGAUGCUGCCAGCUUACGUGAGCAUGAAGAAUUUACUAAAGUGAAAAAUAUAGCAACUAUAGAACUUGGACGAUAUGAGAUUGAGACAUGGUACUUCUCUCCAUUUCCACCAGAAUAUAAUGACUCCUCGAAGCUGUACUUUUGUGAGUUUUGUCUCAAUUUCAUGAAGCGCAAAGAACAGCUUCAGAGGCAUAUGAAGAAGUGUGAUCUUAAGCAUCCUCCUGGUGAUGAGAUAUACCGUAAUCAUACGCUUUCUAUGUUCGAGGUUGAUGGUAAAAAGAACAAGGUUUAUGGGCAGAACUUAUGUUAUUUAGCAAAGCUGUUUCUCGAUCACAAGACCCUGUAUUAUGAUGUUGACCUCUUCCUAUUUUACAUUCUAUGUGAAUGUGAUGAUCGGGGAUGCCAUAUGGUUGGAUAUUUCUCAAAGGAAAAGCAUUCGGAGGAGUCUUAUAACUUGGCUUGUAUCCUUACCCUUCCUCCUUACCAGAGGAAAGGCUAUGGGAAAUUUUUGAUUGCCUUCUCAUAUGAACUAUCGAAGAAAGAAGGUAAAGUUGGUACGCCCGAAAGACCCCUUUCUGACCUAGGACUAUUGAGUUACCGAGGAUACUGGACCCGGGUGCUUCUAGAUAUCUUGAAAAAGCAUAAGGGAAAUAUCUCUAUCAAGGAGCUCAGUGACAUGACUGCUAUCAAGGCGGAGGAUAUUUUGACCACUCUUCAGAGUCUAGAAUUAAUUCAGUACAGGAAAGGGCAGCAUGUCAUCUGUGCCGACCCUAAGGUCCUGGACCGUCAUUUAAAAGCAGCUGGUCCUGCCGGUCUGGAGGUUGAUGUUGGCAAAUUGAUCUGGACGCCGUAUAAAGAGCAAGGCUGAUGGUUCGAUGAUUGUGUUUCGUCAAUUCUGUAUUUUGCUCCGCCUUGUAUAGUUCUGUAUUUUGCUCUACCUCGUAUUACUUAGAGGAUGAAUACAGGAGUUGGAUCUUGAAUGCCCUUGUACACUUUUCACUUGUAAUGUCAUUGUGUUUCCUUGUAAUGUUAAUAUUCCCGUUGCUAUAAGGCCACUUGUUUGACCAAUUAGGCGAGCCUAGCGGAUCAUCUUUAAGGAGCAACUUGAAAGCUAUUCAUGAAUGCUACGCCACCGGAGGCACCGGUAUUGUCAACAUCCGGGCACUGCCAACUUUAAAGAGUAUCCUUGUUACGGGGCUGACGGCUGUCAAACCAAGAAGGAAGAUUUCAAUGUUAGGUUAUGCGACUUUUUCAUUUUUUAAAAACAGAUCACGCUAUUUAUUUUAGGUGAUCUUAGAAACAGAUCAGUCAUUCGUAACUGCAGUUGCAUCCCCUUGAGGAAACUGUGGUGAAAGUGGAAUAUACAUCAUCCUAUCAUCAGUUACCAUCAAGUUUCAUGUUAUGUUACUACUUUUAGUUUAGAUUACAUGAUCGGUUACAGUAUAGUGUUCAUCUGGAUUAACAAUCUAUCACAAUAUACCAUAGUAGAUUAUCUUUUCAA